GGAGGAUGUUGGUGCUCUAACUUCAGCUCUGCACACAAACUCACAUUGUGCAGUUCCUUACGUUCUCCUUGCAUGCCAGGAGCUGUUAUCUCUGCAGAUUGUGAAGCUGAGUGCGUGCUCUUCAUCACGGUGUCAGUUUUUAGAUGCAGUCUCACGUUUCCUCUCAUCCCUCUGGGCUGUUUCACUCCACAGCGUGUGCACCUCUUGUACUCUGUGCGAGCCCUGCAGCUUCUCCCACGAUCCCAGUCACAAUCUGGUGAGAGCCAGGACUCCCCUGUCCAUCCCGGAGCACGGAUCACCGGCCCCAGACCACAGCAGGUUCUACAGGCGGGGGGAUCGCAGUUUCCGAAAGGCAGAGAAGCAGCGGCUGAAAGCCGAGAAGCGCCUGCUGAAAGCUGAGGUGAAGGAAAUCCGGAAGCAGCUGAGGAUGGAGAGGCGGGGCAUACAGUGGAGCUCGUCCCAUCGAGACGGAAGCUCCUCCCCCGUCCUCCUGCAGCCUCGAGCCACACAGCACAACAGCCCAGAGCGACCAAAGCGCCCCUGUCCCCUGGUGGUUCCUGCCAUGACGGCAGCGUUUUUGGACGAAAACCUUCCUGACGGAACGCGUCUGCGUCCUGGGACCAAGUUUAUCAAGUACUGGAAGAUGAGGAACACUGGGACUCUCAGCUGGAGUGCUGAGACUAAGGUAAAGUCUCAAACAGCAGCUCAUUAACAGCUUGGAUUCUCCUGAGAGCACCUACACCAGAACGAGACCUGCUCGCCGUCUCAGAGCCGUGAAUAUCAUGGACGCGUCCAUGUGUGUACAGCACAGACGUGACCUGACGGUGUGCUGGCCACAGUGACGCAACUAUAUUAUUCGACCCACCGUUAGAUGUACUUUUUACAUUUUGGGGGAAGUGUAACUGUUGGCUGGGUUGCCAUAGAAACAGCUAUACUCAUGAUCCCAGGUGAUGAGCGUCACUGACCGGCGUGAUUACCCAACCUUUGUAGUGAAAUGUCAUCACUGACUAACACAAAUUUCAUGCUCGUCAUCACAUCUCAUGAGUUUCAGGUUCAGACCUGGUGCUUUUUGUUUGAAUAGGCUUAGU